AGAAAAGUAAUUUCUGGUUGCAGGUUUGUCCUCGAGGAGAGCGUGCCAAUAUUCAGAAGGUUUGUGAACGCUGUACAGAGUCUCCUGAGCUUUACGAUUGGCUAUACCUGGGUUUCAUGGCCAUGCUGCCACUGGUUCUGCACUGGUUCUUCAUCGAGUGGUACUCUGGGAAGAAAAGUGCUCUGCUGCAGCAUCUCACUGCCAUGUUGGAGUGCAGCGUGUCGGCUGUGGUCACUCUGCUGCUUACAGACCCAGUGGGGAAGUUAAGCAUUCGUUCUUGUCAGGUUCAGAUGCUGUCUGACUGGUACACCAUGCUGUACAACCCAAGUCCCGACUACAUCAACACACUACACUGCACGCAGGAGGCAGUCUACCCUCUAUACACUAUUGUGUUGAUCUACUAUGCCUUCUGCCUGGUGUUGAUGAUGCUGCUGCGCCCUCUGCUGGUGAAGAAGAUUGCUCGUGGCCUUGUGAAGUCAGAUCGGUUCAGAAGCAUCUACGCUGCCCUUUACUUCUUUCCUAUUGUCACUGUGCUGCAGGCCAUUGGGGGCGGGCUGCUGUACUACGCCUUUCCCUACAUUAUUCUGGUUUUGUCGCUGGUCACACUGGCUGUCUACAUGUCUGCCUCUGAGAUUCAGUCCUUUAGGACUCUGGUAGCAAAGAAGAAGCGUCUGGUGGUUCUGCUCAGCCAUUGGCUCCUUCAUGCAUAUGGCAUCAUCUCUAUUUCCUUGCUGGAUAAGUUGGAGCUGUCGCUGCCGCUGCUGGCUCUGGUACCAGGACCCACCCUGUUCUACAUUGCCACAGCUAAAUUCACAGAACCAAGCCGCAUCCUGUCUGAGGGGGGCACCGGGCACUGAAGACAACAUGAGGGCUGCAGGUGACCAUUUGACUCCUCCCACAUCCACUGCCCAUCAUUUAAGGUGUACAUGCAUGCAAGAGAGAAACUUCUCAGCCACAUUUGAUUCCAGUCCCAGUCAGUGUACUGGAUUGGUGCAGCUUAGCAACACUUCACUGAUCUGAGACCAGCUCUCUUCUUGCAGUUUUUUUUCCCCAACAGGUGUGAAAGGCUUGGCUGUUUUUUAUAAACAUGUAAACUUUGUUUCAGAAAUGUGUAAAACCAUCUCUGCUGUGUUUUAUUGUCUUUGUUCUACCUAACAUCUGUUUACAGGACAUACAUGUGUUGUUGAACAGGAGUGUUUGUAAACAAGACUGUUUGUAAAAAGGUGUUUAGGGUAGCAAAUAAAAAUUGAUAUCAGAAAGCA